AUGUCUAAAAAGAAGAAUUUUCUGAAGAUUGUUAUUUUAGGAGACUCAGGAGUUGGAAAGACUACUUUGUUGCAACAAUAUGUUAAUGGAAAGGGAAAUACUCAGUCUAAGCCCACAAUUGGUGCAGAUUUCUCAAAGAAGGAAUUAAUGAUUGACAAUACAAUAGUGACACUCUAAAUAUGGGAUACCGCAGGUCAGGAGAAAUUCCAAUCAUUAGGCUAUGCAUUUUAUAGAGGAGCUGACUGCUGUGCAUUGGUCUAUGAUAUUACCAAUUAGAAGAGCUUCGAUGAACUUUCAAAGUGGAGAGAUGGUUUUAUUAAGCAUGCUUCUCCUCCAGACCCAGAUAGUUUCCCAUUCAUUUUGAUUGGAAACAAACUAGAUAGAGAACAUGACAGAAAGAUUAAGAGUUCUGAUGCAAAGGCUUGGUGCUAAUAAAAUGGAGAUAUGGCCUACUAUGAAACUUCAGCCAAAGAGAAUAUAUCAGUAGAUGAUGCUUUCAUUGAAAUGGCUAAAAUGGCAAUAAAAAGAGACAGUAGCAGCUAAAUUUUUAACUUACCAGAUUCAAUUGGAGGAGCAGGUGGAGCCUUGAAGUUGAAUGCCAAGGAUGAUCAAAGAAGAACUAAAACUUAAAUGGAAGGCAAGUCAUGUAAAUGCUGA